CGCAGUUCAGAACAAGACCGACGGGCGGGCGCCAUUGUGUCUUUUGCAGGCGCUCGUAGCGCUGCGUGAAAGCCCGUCGGGGACAGCGCCCAUCUUCUAUUUUAUUUGCAACCUCUGGAGCCCAGUGUCGGCGUCGUUAGUGGUUCCACUUCUACAGACCACGAAGAAGUUUCGUCAGCAUUCCGCCUACUCCCGUGAGAGAACAUUGAGGACAGUAUGGCUUCCACGCUUCCAACAACCUGGCCUCAUGAAUCUGUGACGUUUGAAGAUGUAUCACUGACAUUUACCAAGGAAGAGUGGGCACAGCUGGACCUCCAACAGAAGUGCCUGUACAGGGAAAUCAUGAUGGAGAACUACAGUAACAUGAUUUCAGUGGAGCAUCACUUUUCCAAGCCAAAUGUGAUAUCUCAGUUAGAAGAGGCAGAAGACUGCUGGCCAAUGCAGAGACAAAUUCCUCAAGACACUCUUCCAGAAUGUUCUGGGCCUUCUCCAUACCCUGGAAUGAAUUCCUUUCCUGCUGAGAGUCCUCUGAUGAAGAUCAAGGUUGUUGAAGUCCUUACAUUGAACAAGGAUGUGGCUGGUCCCCGGAAUGCCCUGAUUCAAUCUCUCUAUCCAGAAAUCGGAGAAGACUUGAAGCCAGGUAACCGCAAGCCAGCUAAACAACCAAGCAAGCGUUUAACUGACACUGAAGCUUCGCGCCAGAAGUUCCGACAUUUCCAGUAUGAAGAGUCAGCUGGUCCCCAGAAGGCUGUGUCCCGGCUUCAUAAGCUGUGUCACCAGUGGCUGCAGCCUAAUACACGUUCAAAGAAGCAGAUCCUAGAGUUGUUGGUGCUUGAGCAGUUCCUGAAUGCACUGCCUGAGAAGUUGCGGGUGUGGGUAGAGUCACAUCACCCAGAAGAUUGCAAAGCAGCAGUGGCUUUGUUGGAGAAUAUGACCUCAGCAUCUAAGGAUGAUGCUCUACUUGCCUGCUCUAGUGAGGCCACUGAUCAACCAAAGGACAAAAGGGAAGAUGUGGCCACCUUACCAGUUACUGUACCACCUGAGGAGCCGGUGACUUUCCAGGAUGUGGCUGUGGACUUCAGUCAGGAGGAGUGGCGGCUACUAGGUCCGAUGGAGAGGACCGAGUAUCGUGAUGUGAUGCUAGAGACCUUGGGCAACUUGGUCUCUGUGGGGUGGGAGCCUACAUUGGGAAACAGAGAGUUAACUCCAGACUCUCCCAUUCCUGUGGUAAAACCAAUUCAUGACCCAACCCCAAAAGAUCUCUCAAGGAAUGGUACCCAGUCCACUGUCUUUGAAAGUAUCUCACAAAAUGGAGUCCAAGAAAUGCACACCAUAGAAUCAAAUCAAGUGGAACUUCUACAGGAAAAAGGCCACCCUCAGAAGAAGCUCUCUGAAAGCUCCAAGGCUCAGGACCAAACUAUUCUUUACGAAAGCCAGGACUCACUCAAGGAAGUUCUUCCCAGCAAGCAUGUAAAAGUUAAACAGAAGGGCACAGGAAAGGGGAAAGGCAGGAAAAACACCAUUUCCAUGACACGAGGUUUACGCAUAAGAAAUCAGCAAAAGGACUCUGUGGAGUGGCAAGGCAGGAGUAGCAGCAAUCCUAUGACACAUGACUCCUCUAUAAAAAAACACCAACGGGGUUCUGAGCGGGGAAAAGCUGCAGCCAGCAGAGAUCCCAUUACACUUACUGUGCCUGCAAAAUUUUACCAGAAAGCCUCUGGCUCUGAAGAGGUUAGAUUCAGGGACAGUAGCAAUGCCAUGGUACCUGAUGCACCUACAAAGAUAGACCAAAAAGGCCCUGAAUGGCAUAAAGUUGGGGAAAGUAACAAUUCCAUGUCACAAGGUUCAUCUGUACAAAAUCACCAGAUGGGGUCUGUGGUGGGAAGAGCCAGGGACAACAGUAUCUUGACACAUACUUUACCUGUAAAACUUAACCAGAAAGGCUAUGAAGAAGGUAAAGUCCAAGGAAACAGGAAUUCCUUGAAACAUGUAAAAUCUCACCAGAAGGGUUCUAAAGGGCAAAGAGUCAGGGAACUUAGCACUUCCGAAAAACAUGUUCCCUAUAUAAAAAAUCACCUAAAGACCGCUGAAAGAGAACAAGGCAGGGAAAUCAAUGCUUCCAUAAAAUAUGGUCCCUAUAUAAAAACUUGCUAUAAGGGUUCUGAAAUGAGAAAGCUCAGGAGAGCAAACAAUUGUGGGAAAGGCAUCAACCGGCACGCUCAGCAGAUAUUCUUUAUCAAAAUUCACAAGGGGAGCCAAGUUUGCCGAUGCAGUGAAUGUGGGAAAAUGUUCCGAAAUGCUAGGUAUUUCUCUGUCCACAGGAAGAUCCACACAGGAGAGCGGCCUUACAUGUGUAUGGCCUGUGGGAAAGCAUUUGUUCAGAGCUCCUCCCUCACACAGCAUAUUAGAAUUCAUAGCGGGGAGAGACCAUUUGAAUGUUCAGAGUGUGGGAGGACCUUCAAUGACCGCUCAGCCAUCUCUCAGCACCUGAGAACUCAUACUGGAGCUAAGCCCUACCACUGUCAGCACUGUGGGAAAGCUUUCCGGCAGAGUUCCCACCUUACCAGGCAUGAGAGAACUCAUACUGGGGAGCGCCCGUAUGUGUGCACCAAGUGUGGGAAGGCAUUCACACAGAGCUCACACCUUAUUGGGCAUCAGAAAACACACAGGAUAAAGUUCAAGAAGCAGCCCAAAUUGUAGCCUUUGUGCCUUUCAACGCACUAUUUUUUUAGCCUUGAAAUGUACUAUGCAAACACUUAGUAUGAUAGAUAGACUUUAAAUAAGAGAGCCCCACACCUUAAGGACAGCUCAGGACACCACCCAGCAGGCAGUGAGUGAAACCAUCAGGGAGUUUUUAAUUGCUUCACUUAUUCUCAAAAGGAAAUCAAAGAUCUGAAAAUGCUUCUAAGUUUAAGAAGCCAAGUACCAAAAAUUGCACUGAUUUCUAUACGGGGUAAAGUGUGUGAAUGACAAAAACUAAACUUAUGUAGAUAAAACUAUUAUAUUUGUGUGGAA